AUGAAAACGACCGGGUUCGACUUUCUCGAGCAGUUACCCACAGUAGAAGAUCCUCCACAACUGAGACAGACGAAAAAAGGCAAGAAGAAACAAAAAAAGGCCCACAUUGGGUUCAAGUCAAUUAGAGACGACAUCGUUUCCCAAAGUGUGGGGUCGAAAAUUCUUCACUAUCACUCGAUAGCUUUAUUUAAAGACGACUUGGGACUCUUGCUUCCGGGGAAUUGGCUCAAUGACAACAAUAUAGCCUUCAUUUUCGAGUGGCUCACCCAUACCCAUCUUGCUCCUCGAACGAGUUUGGUGUUUCCAUCGAUCGUUCAGCUUCUUGUUCACUUCCCACUGCUGGACGAUUUAUCAUCGUUAAUCCCCACAAAAGACACCGACUAUGUUUUCUUGCCUCUCAAUGAUAUCGAAGACUUCCAAGAAACCGACUUGGAAGCGGUCAAUACGGGAGACCACUGGCUCUUGUGUGUAUAUUCGUAUAGAAGCAGCCGGCUUUAUGUCUACGAUUCGGCCGACGAUACCAAUGAUGAAUUGUUGGAAGCGCUUGCCAAGCGCAUCGAAAUAGGAACCAAGACCCGUAAAGUGGAAAUCACAAAGAUGGUAUGUGACCAACAGCCCAAUGAAGACGAUUGUGGGGUAUAUGUGUUGAUGAUCACUUGUGCGUUGAUGAAAAAGAUAACCGACCACAUUGAAAACAACGAAACCCAGCUUUUGGACAUUCUGAGUCUCAAGUUCGAUGCCACUUCGGCUCGAAUGUUCAUGAUGAAUCUUGUUCGAACCCUCCAAAAUUAA